AUGCCGUUUGACUUCAAUCCGUCCGACAUUUUCAGAAAUGGCCUGGAGUGUGGAGGACCUGUUAACACGUUACCUAUGAUUCGCUUAUCCGAGGUCACAACUGGACUAUCGUCGCAAAACUUGGCUUCGCAAUGGCGGAAUGGGUUCGGGCUCUUGCUGCAAUGGUGGUUCUUUUUCCACGCCGUAAACGCGGAGGCGAUCUUGACUCAGUCUCCGUCUAUUUCACGUUCACCGGGAGAUACAGUUCAAAUCACUUGUACCAUGUCAGGAGGUAGCAUCGAUGACUACAUCGAAAGCUGGUACUGGCAGAAAGCCGAAAGCGCUCCCGGCCUUGUGUGGGAUGAAGUUGACGACCAGGCUUCGGGAAUUCCGGAUCGAUUUACCGGUUCCGUGGAUACGUCGAGCAACCAAAUGUAUUUAACCAUUACCAACGUACAAUCGGAGGACGCCGCCGAUUAUUACUGUGGUGUGGGGGAGGCUGAUGCAUUUACCUUCGGGAAAGGAACCAAGCUGAAUCUGAACAGUCCGCGGCCACCUGCAGUGACCGUCCUCGGGCCUUCAGCAGAAGAAAUCACGAAAAAUGGCACCGCCACCCUAGUGUGUUUGGUGAGCGGGUUUAACCCGGGCGCUGUGGAUAUUGAGUGGUCUGUGGACGGCAGUGCGAGAAGGGAUGGCGUUGAGACCAGCCAGGUCCAGCAGGACAGGGACAACACGUUCAGUGCGAGCAGUUACCUGACUCUGCCAGCCUCCGACUGGAACUCACACGAGCUUUACUCCUGUGUGGUUAAACACGAGACUCAGGCGAACCCGAUUAAGACAAACAUCGCGAGAUCCGGCUGUACCUAA